CGGAGAGAGCGAGCGGAGGCGGGAAAUGGCGACUGGUAACACAACAGUGUGUCAUUUUCAAGGCGGCCUUUGAAUCGCUGGCUCUCGCACAUCAAAGUCUGAAACAACCGCAGCUGCUGCUGACGCGAUGCCUUGUCGAGGUUGAUCGCUCGCUGGCCGGAGCUUCUCGAUCACGGUGAGCUUUUCAUGUGACUGCUAAUACAAUGAGGCUGAGAAUGCGCAAGGCGUCUCAGCAGCCGAUCCCUGCACUGGCGACUCGUCCAUCCAGGACAAAGAGGAGGCAUUCAGAGGUGGAAGAGGACACGCCAAACAGCGGCGGGAGGAGCCUGUUCUCCACCAUCAAAAAGUUUAUCAGAGGAAAUGCCGUCAAGGUGCAGCCAGAAAGCCCAGCCAAGAAGACGCGUCUCCACUGUGAUGUGGACAACAACCUGAUCACCUCCACACCGCCUAAUACAAACAACCCCCGCAGGGUUGGCAGGAGAGGCUCAGUCAAUGGACAAGCCACCAAUCACGACAGGAGUAAGGAGACCCCGAAUGGUGGUCUGGAGGAGACCACACCAGUUGAAGUGCCCACUAGCCCUCCCAGAACCACGCUCCUCGGGACCAUCUUCUCCCCUGUUUUUAACUUCUUCUCGCCAAAUAAAAAUGCCUCCUCUGGCUCAGACUCCCCGGACCAGGCGUUGGAGGCGGAAGAAAUAGUCAAGCAGCUCGAGAUGGAACAAACUGUGGAAACGGCAGCCAGCACAGCCACAUCCACGCAGGACUUGUGUGCCGCCACAAACUUCUACUCCAGUGUAGCACAUCUACCACCUCUGCGCCCUGCUCACAUCCCAGACCUCUCCACGCCGACGGAGGAUGGAGACCUUGGUGCUGAUAAUGAUCUCCCGCCUCUCACCGCUCCAGGCUCCAGUCCGGAAAUGACGUAUGUGGACUCUCCUCCGGUUGCAGUCCCAGCUGAAGCCACCUAUGAGGAAGACUGGGAGGUUUUUGACCCGUACUUUUUUAUCAAACACGUUCCCCCCCUGACCGAAGAGCAGCUCACUAGGAAGCCUGCGUUGCCGCUGAAGACACGCAGCACGCCUGAAUUCUCUUUGGUGCUUGACCUGGACGAGACGUUGGUCCACUGCAGCUUAAAUGAGCUUGAAGAUGCAGCACUUACCUUCCCUGUAUUGUUUCAAGAUGUCAUUUAUCAGGUUUAUGUGCGCUUGAGGCCGUUCUUCAGAGAGUUUCUGGAACGGAUGUCUCAGAUCUAUGAGAUCAUCCUUUUUACCGCCUCUAAAAAAGUGUAUGCUGACAAGCUGCUGAACAUCUUGGACCCUAAAAAGCAGCUAGUAAGACACCGGUUGUUCCGUGAGCACUGUGUCUGCGUCCAGGGAAACUACAUCAAGGAUCUCAACAUUUUGGGGAGAGACCUGUCAAAGACCAUCAUCAUCGACAAUUCACCACAAGCCUUUGCAUAUCAGUUGUCCAACGGCAUUCCCAUCGAGAGCUGGUUCAUGGACAAGAACGACAACGAGCUGCUGAAGCUGGUGCCCUUCCUGGAGAAACUGGUUGAGAUGAACGAGGAUGUGCGGCCGCACGUCCGGGAGAGGUUUCGACUCCACGACAUGCUGCCUCCGGAUUAACUCGGCUGCCUUUCACUUGGCCCAGCAAAGACUUGAAACAUCACGCUAGAACGAAAGCGACCUUUGGAUUACGAACGACAACUUUGCCAUGACAGUUAAGAUUUUAGCCUUUUUUUUUUUUUUUAAACUUGUGUUGCAUUUUUUUCAGAGACAAAUGCUGGCUGGAGUUUUUUUUUUUUUUUUUUUUUUUUUGAAGUUUCCACUUGCAGAUGGAUUGACUCCUUCACCAUUUUCGCGACUGGCUCUCUAGUCGUGCAACAGUUGGUGUCCAACUAUACGCUAAGGUCACGGUGCUGAACUUGGGAAUGACUGAACUCCAGUUUUGGGGAAGAAUUUAAGACUCUGAACACAAACAAAACCGCUGGUGCUCAAGUUUCUCACCCACGACAACUCUGGCUACACCAGUUUCAGCGGGAACGACCAGCUAGCUCGGGAUAGACACGGACUCAUUCGAUUGGCAAAAUGUGUAGCCUCUUCAACAUCGUAUGCAUUCCACUGCAGUGGAGUCAAGUUUCUAUUGCGGUUUGCUGUUUUCUACUGGUCAAAGUGGUGUUAUUUCUAUUUUUGUGUUUCUGUUGUGGAUGGUGUUGAUAAAAGUUUUCCAUCAAGGUUUUUAACCAAUGUUUGUCGACUUGUUAUGAGACACUAAAACAGAGGCGUUACAAACAGCUAGUGGGCAUUUUGUGUUGUAGUUCGCAACAACGCUGGUCUCUGGUGAAGAUGCCGUGUGAGUUGCCAUCCGUCUGUAAGCAGUAUUGUUCCUCUCUCUUCUCCAGGAGUCAAGUAUUCUGGCCUUGUCAGGGCACCUGAUGAAAACCAUCUCGACCGUUAUGUAGCACUCUUCUGCUGAAGUCCAGUCUGACCCGACUCUGUACCAGCUGUCUCUGGCACCAGCAACACACAUGACCACAUUUCUUUUUUUUUUUUCCCCUUCGUUU